AGAUCGAGUGGAAAAGGUCGUUGGCUACAAAAAUUCAUUUUUUCUUCAGAAAUUCAGCCGACUUAACAAUAUAUUCAAAGUGGUGUCCUUCUCUCGCCAACGUUUGGGGAGACGAUUUAGAUUAAGUUGAAAGCGGAUAGAUUAAAUAAAAAAGUGUAAUCUCUGUUAUACUUUUAACGUAUGAUUAUGGAGCAAACAGAUGCUGUGGAAAAUAAGAUUGAACAAGAACCAACUGAUACUGAUCUUAAAGAUAUCUGCGAUGCAUGUUUCAUUGAAGAUGAAAAAAUACCAGCAGAAUAUGUGUGCCAGGAAUGCGAGGAAAGAUUAUGCAACUCGUGUUUUGAUGAUCACAAAAAAAGAAAUGCUACCAAGGCACACCGGCCCGUUGAUUUAAUGCAAGCACAAGCAAAAUUUCUAAAGAAAUGUGAACCAUGUGAGAACGGAGGUAGAUCAAACAUAGCUCUUAAUAUUUGUGAAACAUGCCAAGAAUACCUAUGUGUUGAUUGCACAACAACGCAUAAAGUAAGGAAAGCCACAAAAUCACAUGAACCAAUUCCUGUAUCGGCUGAAGUAGAAAGGACAUCUCAUUCAGACGAGGCAAAGAAACGCUGCGAGCCAUGUGAGUCAUAUGGCAAAGAUAAUGAAGCUACAAAAUAUUGCACUGGUUGCGACGAAUUGCUUUGCGAUUUAUGUACCGAAACUCACAAAAUGGGUAAACUUACUAAGAAUCACGUUCCUAUUAAUGUUUCAGAUAAUCCUGAAUUAAAUAGAGAAGAAGGAAAAGAACUAUGUGAACCUUGUCAAAUGGUGAAUACAUAUUCACACGCAUCGAAAUACUGCGACGAAUGUAAUGAAUAUUUAUGUGAAUCAUGUGUACUAGUUCAUGGCCUCCAAAAAGCUACAAAAUUGCAUGUUCCAAAAUGCAUCAUAGAAAGCACAACCCAGAACUGUGAUAUUUGUCUACAGUCAAACAAUCUUGAGCAGGCAAUACUUUACUGUGAAUUAUGCAGCGAGGCACUCUGCAAGUCUUGCUCUGACCGUCAUAGAAAACAGAAAGCAACCAAGACGCACGAUCUAGGCGAGCUGAAAAAAAUACCUGAAAUAUUUCCUUGUGAUCCGUGCUCUUGUUUAGGAGUUUCGAAAAAAGCAACAGAAUUUUGCAAAGAAUGUAACGAGUUUUUAUGUCCCUCUUGCUGUAAGAGGCAUCGUAUCCAGAAAGCUACCAAAGAACACGAAUUGAUUUUUCCAAAUGCAGAGGUGUUUAAAAAAGAGAAACAUCCAUGCUCGUUGUGCAAAGAAAUAGGUAUGAGAAAGAUGCCGACAACAUAUGUACCGUUUGCGAUGAAACAUUAUGUUUGGAUUGUAGCGUUGUACAUGGCAAGCAAAAUGCCACAAGACACCACGAGCUUUUACAAAUCAAAUAUAAAUAUGUUUCUGAACAUCAAAUCAAAUGCUCCCAGUGUGAAAUGGAUAAUAAAUCAGCUGCUGCAGAACGAUAUUGCAACCAAUGCGAGGAAUACUAUUGCUGUAACUGCUGCGAGAUGCACAAACGUAAUGCUGCUUCGAGACAUCACCUUCUUUGUGAUAUUAAUUCCAAAGGUGAUGAACAAGACGUAAGUUGUGAUUCAUGCAGAGUAGCAGACGAUAAACAACGACCUGCCGAAAUUUACUGUUGUGAUUGCGAGGAGUAUUUAUGUAUAACGUGUCACAAACACCAUAUAGCUGCGACGGUUUCCAAAACACAUAAUCUGAUUACGACAGUUCAAGCACAAUUGAAGAAAAGAGAUACAAUUUUACCUGUAACUAAAUUUGAGAAACCGCCGGGAAAGCCAUUUGCGUCUGAUAUUCGUGCAGAUUCUCUUCAACUUUCAUGGGAUGCUCCGAGUGCAUGUGGAACAAACAAUUACUAUCAGAUAAGUUAUAAAGACAUCGAUAAUGGGGGUACAUGGAAAUUUCAUCCAGAACAGAACUUAAAAAGUACCGCAGUUUUAACAGAACUGAAAGCCAAUACAAAGUAUAUAUUCCGUGUAAGAGUCGUUCAUGAAAAUGGCGAGGGCCCUUACAGUCCGGAGAGUGACGAAUAUAUUACGCCAAAUUCCCCUGCCUCAAGAAUAAUUAACUUUGCAUCCAUGGUAGAACAGGGAAAGCCAUCACCAUCAAAGUAUGCUUUACCACUAAGUGAAACAAGAAACGCCAGGAAUAUUACUGCCAAAACUAAAAAGUUCGAAAUAGGUUCUCCACAAACGUUGGUAGGGGUAGAAAAAACAAUAAUGCUUGUUGGAGCAACUGGAACUGGGAAGAGCACAUUGGUUGACGGCAUUGUUAAUUAUGUUCUUGGUGUGAACUGGAGCGAUGCGUUUAGGUUUACUGUGCUAGACCUUGAACAAGAUGAGAAAGAUAAGCUAAAGAAUCAAGCUAUGUCUCAAACAGAGUGGAUCACAUGUUACUCUAUAAAUCCCGAGAAAGGGAGCCGACUGUCGUAUCGACUGAACAUAAUUGAUACCCCCGGCUUUGGCGAUACUCGUGGUGUUGAUCGAGACCAGGAAAUUGUCGAGCAAAUACGUCAACUGUUCUCCGAAACAGGAUCAAAAGGGAUAACAUGUAUAGAGCUAGUUUGUUUUCUUAUCAAAGCACCAGAUGCUAGAUUAACUGGAAUUCAAAAAUAUAUUUUUCAGUCUAUAAUGUCUUUAUUUGGAAAAGAUAUUGAACAAAAUAUUUGCACACUCGUUACUUUUGCUGAUGGUAUAGAUCCACCUGCAUUAGCUGCGUUAAAAGUAUCGAAACUUCCAUUUGGAAAGAGUUUCACCUUUAAUAACUCUGGUCUUUUUGCAAAUAAUGUCUUAAGCAGCUCGACACUUUCACCAAUGUUCUGGGAGAUGGGUUUGAAAAGUUUUCGAGAAUUCUCCUUGCAUCUCGACAGAGUGACGACGCGUAGUCUUCAACUAACAAAAAAUGUUUUAGACGAGGGAAGUCGCAUGGAAGCAACAAUUAAAAAUCUUCAGCCUCAACUUGAUGCAGGAUUAUCCAAGGUUGACCAGCUCAAACAAGAAAUUAAAAUAUUUGAAAACAACAAAGCCAUUUUAAAGGACAAUAAAAACUUUGAAUACGAAGUUAUGGAAAUGCAGCACCGUAAGAUUGAGCUUCCUCCUGGUAAACAUGUGACAAAUUGUACUCAUUGCAACUUCACCUGUCACCCAAGCUGUUUAUACGCAAAUGAUAGCGACAAAAAGAAUUGUUCAUCAAUGGAUAAGAAUGGGUAUUGCCGUAUUUGCCCAGAAAAAUGCUUCUGGGAGAAACAUGCUAACACGCCAUAUACAUUUGAGUAUGAAGAAGUGCUAGUGAAGAAAACAUACAAACAAAUGCAACAGAAAUACAAAGAAGCGUCAGGGAAACUACCCAAUCAAGAGCAAAUCAUAUCAAAGAUGGGGCUCGAACUGGACGAAUUAUGCGAUGACGUUGAGGAUAUGAUAUUAAUCUUGAAAGAAUGCAGCGAACGCUUGCAAGACAUAGCAUUACGGCCUAAUCCAAUGACAGUUACUGAACAUUUGGACCAGAUGAUAGCAAACGAAAAGCUUGAGAAAAAGUCUGGAUUUCAGAAACGGAUAAAUGUACUGCAACAAUUCAAGAAAAGAGCUGAAAUAGGCUUAGCAGCAGAGACAUUUUAUCGAGUAGCAAAAUCAACGUUAAGCACAGUUAGUAAGGGAAACGUUAAAAGACCACGUACAAAAAAUACUAAAACAUUAAUGACACGAAUGAGAAAAUGGUUCCCGAACCCGUUUCGUGUUAAAGAUUAACAAUAAUUACUUCAUAAAUUGGCGGAUUUGAAUCAUACAGAUAGAAAAAAAAACAUAUUUAUUUGUAAUAGUUCUGUCUCGUGUUCGUGUAAUGCUUUAACUAUUUCUAAUACAAAUAAAUGUUAACAAUGCUGAAUACAUCGGUUAAGACGUCUUUAAAUUCUUUUUCCACUUUAUUGAAACAUUAGACUACACUUUCUUCUACGACACAUUGAUGUUUAACCCAAUUCAAUUGUGAUUGACCAUCAAUUGAGAUUGAAAUCUCUAGAAUAAUACAUAAAUCUGCCUCGACUGUUCCACACUUUUUAUAAAUAGAACAUAUCAGGUAAAUUUCGAUGGACUUAUACAUAAAUUUAUACUUAAAUUAUUAAUCAUUCAUGCAAAGUAAAUUACAAAAUAAAUUGAAAGGAUUUAUGGCAAAAUGUAAUUUUUAUUUUGACGUUUACCUGCACACUCACUUUUACCUUUGCAUGGGCAUAAUGUCACUUUAAAUUAUGUUUAGCAAGUGUCAAACAGUAAGAUUAUCGCAGACAGUGUGCAUUAUAAACUUUG